AUGGCAGGGGAAGAGAGAACGUUCAACGUCGGCGACGUCGUUAUGGUCUACGGAGUUAGGGGCACCGUCACACUAAUAGGACCACUAGAAUACGUCAACAGAGGAGAUGGAGACGUAUUAAGGCAAAUAAUCGCCGUCAGGACCGAUAAACCGCUCAGCUUAACCACCAAUUACGCAGAGCUUCUCAAUGUCAGUGGCGAUGAGUCGCUUGCUUGCGUCCCCGCCAGCUCAGUUAAACCGUAUUCUGUGGAAGAUGCAGCGGCAACACGUAUACAGGCAUUUGUACGAAUGUCGAUGUGCAGGGUAAAAUAUAUACAAGAAAUGGCAUUCCUAUUCUGGGAUCACAUGGAAAACUUGCAAGAGCAACGUACUCUUGCCAGUAAACGUGAUGUCUACUUACCAAUUCUCAAUCACCUGAGCAAUAUGCACAAAACGGGUGCAAGAGCCUCAAUGAAAACACAACAGAGACGAUUCUCUGAUGUAUUUGAAGAAAGUGAUCCUCAAAAAUAUCCAGAAAGUACAUACGAUGGGCCAAAACUCGGCAAACAAAUUACAUCUAAAUUCGCUAACGAACUUCUUGACGCCUACAAAUCAGGACAAGUUACAAACUUACCAAUCGAUUAUGCUCAACGCAUUUUGGUAGAAACGCUCAACUGGUACCGUUCAAACGACCAGGGCGCUAUCAACCAUGUGGAGGUGCCACCAUACGAAAACGGAAAUCUAGUCGUAGUUGGGGACCUGCACGGACAAUUAAAUGAUCUAUUGUGGAUAUUCUACAAAUUCGGGCCGCCGUCUAGCAGAAAUGUAUAUGUUUUUAACGGCGAUAUUGCUGAUCGUGGCAUGGGUGCCACCAACAUAUUCCUACUAUUAUUCACAUUCAAACUGGCAGAUCCAGGAUCAGUCAUCAUCAAUCGUGGAAAUCAUGAGUCUGAAGACAUGAAUGAAACUUAUGGAUUUGCCAAAGAGGUCCGCAUGAAAUAUGACGGACAUAUCUACAAACUAUUCCAGCGUAUUUUCUGGGAACUCCCACUAGUCGUGAUUAUUGAGAAGCGCAUCAUUAUUGUACAUGGUGGCCUUUUCAGGCAUGAUGGUGUCACUCUGGAUCUCAUCAGCAAAGUAAACAGAAAACGUAUGUGCCCCGCUUCACCAGACAGUUUCGAAGACAGCAUCGUGUUCGAUCUGUUAUGGUCCGACCCGCAAAACAAAAACGGUAGAGACGUGAGCACAAGGGGAGCGGAUUGUAUCAGAUUUGGGCCAGACGUAACUGCGGCGUUCCUCGAUCUCAACAAACUAGAAGUUUGCAUCAGAUCACACCAAGUACCAAGCACUCUCAAGGGCAUCGACACAGCGCACAACGGAAGGUGUGUCACAUUAUUCUCGGCAUCAAACUACUGCCAAACUACUGGUAAUACCGGGGCUAUUCUUAUAUUCUCCAAGGGGCUGCACUUCGAAGUUAAGGAAUACAUGUCGCCAGCAUUGGAGUCUAUCCGUGCACUAGCGAACAACACCAACAUGGUAACUAACAAGGUUCUCGAUGCUGCACUUUCGUUACAAAUGGAGAAGGCGACGCGUUUCCCUAAACGUCGUUCCUCUGAGAAAAUGUUGGAUGAUAUACUCAUCAAGAUCGCUGCUGUUGUUUGUGAAAAUAAACAAGCACUAUGGUUACAUUGCUACAAGUACGAUACCACAAAGAGUGGUAUGGUAGAACCGUUGCCUUGGACGGAAGGACUUUCCGAGAUUGUCGGUAUAAAGAUACCGAGGAUAUUCUCAAUAUGGCUGUUAAAGGCUAUGGACAAGGAUGUUGGCAAAGUGCCAUAUAACGAUGUCCUUAAAAGGUUCCAGAUAGGAUUUGAUCCUGUAGGUCAGAGUCACAAGAACUUACAAAGGGAGUGUAUUGCCCACAUAUUUGAUACAAUGAUCAAGUCUGACCUUAGCUUGAAGGAAAUCCUUAUGGUCUUCGACAGGAACCUUGAUGGUGUAGUGUCCUACGCUGAGUUGGAUGAGGCUAUCAGGAAGCUUAACGUUGGUCUAUCCCAUCCUCAAAUCAAAAUUCUUAUGCGAACGAUCUUGAGUAGUUGUGUCGACAAGGGUGGAAAGGCCGAUAUUGUUGAAUUUUUAAGUAAACUCAAGGUCAUAUAUUCCGCAUCAACACGAUACAAUAUUAAAGAAGAAUGGAUGGAGGCUGCAUUACCGGCCAUCGGUAAGGUCAUUCUGUCUGACAGGACCGAAGCGGCCGCAAGGUAUUACAACCCCAACUACAACAGUAAUGCUGCUCUGGCAAAAAUAACCGAGGAAGAAACUGCUAGAAGGCGAUCAUCUGCGAUUAGGGCUGUAGCUCUCUUCCAAAAAUUCCAGGAUUACGACAGAGUUGGAGGUGGACUUUUGUCUUAUUCUGACUUUGCGGAGGCUAUCAAGAAACUUGACCUCAGCAAGGCCGAGCAAGAGCUUGGAUUUGAAAUUACGGAUCGUCAUUUAUUCGAAAUUGCACAUAUGAUCGAUUCGACCAACACCAACAAGAUCAACUAUCUGGAAUUUUUGCAGGCGUUCUACGUUGUGGACCAAAAUAAAUAUUCUGUUGUCAACGAGAUGUGGGAUCACGUAUGUAGCACUUUAUACAAGCACCGCAGUAGCUUAAGGCAAGCCUUCCACGCUUACGAUACAACUCACGAGGGUAGUGUCUACAUUCACGAAUUCAAGGAAGUACUUCACGCGCUUUACGACACGCUGGGUUAUAAUGAGGCUCCAUUCACGUUCGAGCAGACUGAAAUUUUGGUCGAGUGUAUCGACACCAACGACGAUGGAAUGAUUAUGUACAAUGACUUCCUGGAAUCAUUCCACCCACAAUAUACUAUGACCGUCUAG